GGUGUAAAAAGAUGGCGGCGCGCUGAAGCUUCAGGCGGUGACUUGUUGGGCAGGAUUGGGUGCCCUGGAUAGGUGAAGAUGGUGGUCUUGCACUUUUAUUGCCCCUUCCUGGGGUCUGAUGAUUUGCUGCGCUUGUCUGGGUUGGAGAAGAGCGUGCAGAAGGAGCUGUGCUACAACGUCAGCUGGCCGGGUGACUCUCCACCCACCUCUAGGCAGACAGACACCCUGCGAUGGCUCUUCAGCUGCCCCUUUGACCCCCAGAGCAUUUCGGACACAACUUUCCUUCACCCUGAACCAUCAGACCUGCUGGUGGAGGUCGGACCUAGGUUGAAUUUCUCCACAGCGUUUUCCACCAACGCCGUGUCCAUCUGUCGUUCCAUUGGCCUGACCAACAUCGACAGGAUAGAAUGUUCCAAACGAUAUCUGAUGAAGUUUCAGAGAGAGCUGGAGGAUGGAGAGAAGCAGAAACUGACGUCUUCUCUAUAUGACCGCAUGACUGAAUGCAUCUACCCCGAACCGGUGAGAAGCUUUGAGAUCUCUGUCCGGCCUGAGAAGGUGUAUGAGGUGGACGUGAUGGGACAAGGGAGAGCGGCACUGGAAACAGCUAACACAGAGUUGGGUCUUGCUUUCGACUCUUGGGACCUGGAUUAUUACACCGCUCUUUUCCAGCGCGUGGGCCGCAAUCCGAGCAGCGUUGAGUGCUUUGACUUAGCGCAGUCUAACAGUGAACACAGCCGCCAUUGGUUCUUCAAGGGCAGGCUUCUAGUGGAUGGGCAGGAGAAGCCGCACUCGCUCUUUGACCUGAUCAUGAAGACUCAGGACACCAGUAACCAGAACAACGUCAUCAAGUUCUGUGACAACAGCAGUGCAAUCCAGGGGAAGGAAGUGACCAGCCUGAUUCCUACCGAUCCCUCCUGCCCUGGACCCUACAAACUGACAAGCUCCACCCGACACCUCAUCUUUACCGCCGAGACCCAUAACUUCCCUACAGGCGUAGCACCGUUUAGUGGUGCCACUACUGGCACAGGUGGUCGUAUUCGGGAUGUACAGAGCACUGGGAAGGGAGCCCAUGUCAUAGCAGGCACUGCUGGCUACUGUUUUGGAAAUCUUCACAUUCCAGGAUAUUCUCUUCCAUGGGAGGACGCUUCUUACAAAUAUCCCGUCCAGUUUGCCCGGCCUCUGGAGGUAGCCAUCGAAGCCAGUAAUGGAGCCUCAGAUUAUGGCAACAAGUUUGGAGAGCCGGUGCUGGCAGGAUUCGCUCGUUCAUUUGGCCUUCGCCUGCCCUCCGGGGAGAGAAGGGAGUGGGUGAAGCCCAUCAUGUUCAGCGGAGGUAUUGGAUCUAUGGAAGACAUUCAUCGGACCAAAGAGGCUCCAGAACCAGACAUGCACGUUGUGAAGAUUGGGGGUCCCAUCUAUCGGAUUGGAGUGGGUGGAGGGGCUGCUUCUUCUAUUCAAGUUCAGGGGGACAACGCCAGUGAACUGGACUUUGGAGCAGUGCAACGAGGGGAUGCAGAGAUGGAGCAGAGGAUGAACAGAGCCGUGCGUGCCUGUGUGGAGCGAGGGGACCGGAAUCCGAUCUGUAGUAUUCACGACCAGGGGGCUGGUGGGAACGGUAAUGUACUUAAGGAGCUGAGUGAGCCUCAAGGUGCCGUCAUCUAUACGAAGAGCUUUCAGUUAGGAGACCCCACAUUGAGCGUCCUGGAGAUUUGGGGGGCAGAGUACCAGGAAUCCAACGCUUUGCUCAUCCGUCCAAAAGAUGCCGAUUUCCUGCGCUCAGUGUGUCGAAGAGAGAGGUCUCCGGUGGACUUUGUGGGUAAAAUCACAGGAGAUGGCCGGAUUGUGUUGGUGAAUGGGAGCGAGAACGAUCCCGAUCCUGAUCGCAGUGACCGAAAUUGUGUUCCAGUGGAUCUGGAGCUGGAGUGGGUCCUGGGGAAGAUGCCUCAUAAGGAAUUUAAGUUGAAUCGAGUUACUCCUGAACUCAAGACGUUGACCCUUCCCAAAAAUCUGAGCAUCAGGCAAGCCCUGGAACGCGUUCUGAGACUACCGUCUGUGGCGAGCAAACGAUACCUGACCAACAAGGUGGAUCGCUCGGUCACCGGUCUUGUGGCCCAGCAGCAGUGUGUGGGGCCGCUUCACACCCCCUUGGCUGACGUAGCUGUCAUCUCGCUGUCCUACACGGACACUGUAGGUGGAGCUACGGCUAUCGGGGAGCAGCCAAUUAAAGGUCUCUUGGAUCCGGCAGCAGGUGCCCGGAUGGCAGUGGGCGAAGCUCUUACAAACCUGGUGUUUGCCUUAGUGACCGACCUGAAGGAUGUGAAGUGCAGCGGUAACUGGAUGUGGGCGGCUAAACUUCCCGGUGAAGGUGCUGCGCUGUACGAUGCAUGUGUGGCCAUGUGUGAUGUCAUGGCGCAGGUCGGUAUUGCUGUGGACGGAGGGAAGGACUCUCUCAGCAUGGCUGCAAGAGUUGAGACAGAGACUGUGAAGGCCCCAGGGUCUCUGGUCAUCUCCGUGUAUGCUGUGUGCCCCGAUAUCACGGCCACCAUCACACCAGACCUGAAGAACCCUGGAGAGAAGGGCGUCCUCCUCUAUGUGCCCCUCAACCCCGGGAAGCAUCGUCUGGGUGGCAGCGCCUUGGCUCAGUGCUAUUCACAGCUCGGGCAGCACCCACCUGACCUGGACGACCCCCAGACCUUGGUCUCCUGCUUCAGGGUCACUCAGCAGCUCCUCAAAGAGCGCGCGCUGAGCGCGGGCCACGACGUGAGCGACGGCGGUCUCAUUACUUGUCUCCUGGAGAUGGCGUUCGCUGGGAACUGCGGGCUGGACGUGGAGCUUUCCUCCCCGGACGUCAGUGCUCUGGAUCUGCUCUUCUCCGAGGAGUUGGGGCUCAUUCUAGAAGUCCCUGAGACGUCACAUGAGCGGGUUAUAGAGCGGUAUCGGGCAUCGGGGCUCCAGUGCAUGAGACUAGGACGUACGCAGGGACGGGGCCCCGCCUCUGUGGUCAGAAUUCGUGUAAAUGAGGAGGAGGUUCUGUGCGAUCAAGUAGGGAGGCUGCGCGCGCUGUGGGAGGAGACAAGCUUCCAGCUGGAACGGCUGCAGGCCAGCCCAAGCUGUGUGUCACUGGAGGAGGCGGGGCUCCUUAAGAGGGAGGGGCCUAACUACCAGCUGACCUUCAACCCGUCUGAGAAGCCUCCUGUGCCGCCUAUGAUAGGCUCCGCCCAGCCGCGUGUCGCUGUGGUGCGGGAAGAGGGCAGUAAUGGCGACAGAGAGAUGGCGACUGCGCUGCUGAUGGUCGGGUUUGAGGUCUGGGAUGUUACCAUGGAAGAUCUCCUGACCGGAGGAACCGCCCUGGACGUCUUCAGGGGCCUAAUAUUUGUGGGAGGAUUCAGCUAUGCAGAUGUCCUGGGCUCUGCGAAAGGUUGGGCAGCGUCUGUAAAGUUUAACGCUGGAGUUCGUGAACAGUUUGAAUCUUUCCGCUGUCGCUCUGACACCUUCAGCCUGGGAAUCUGUAAUGGAUGCCAGUUGAUGGCGCUCCUGGGUUGGGUAGGAGCGGAGGACCCAGCAGGAGAACGUCCCACACAAGGAGUUCUUCUGAGCCACAACCUCUCAGGAAGGUUUGAAUCUCGCUUUGUCACGGUGAAAAUUGAGGAAAGUCCAUGUGUUCUGCUGCAGGGGAUGGCCGGGUCAUCGUUUGGGGUGUGGGUGGCACAUGGAGAAGGUCUGAUGAGAUUCCGGUCUGAGAAGGUUCGUGAUCACGUGACCUCCCAUCGUCUGGCCCCCCUGCGCUACGUGAAUGACCAAAAUGCUCCCACUGAGGAGUACCCCAUGAAUCCUAACGGUUCCCCUCUAGGGAUUGCCGGACUUUGCUCGGAGGAUGGACGCCAUCUGGCGAUGAUGCCGCACCCGGAGCGUUCUGUCCUGAAGUGGCAGUGGCCCUGGAUGCCUGAGGACUGGAGGAUGACUCUGGGUGUGUCCCCAUGGAUGCGUCUCUUUCAGAAUAGUUACAGCUGGUGCCUGAAGAGCGCGCUGCGGGAAUGAUCAGCUGAGAGUGGAGCGGGAUCUGCAGCCGCAGAAUCGCUGCUUAUUCAGAUUGUCACCGUAGAUGGAUUGUCCUCUCUCCACAUUGCAUCUGAUGUAGAGUAACCCUUUAACCCCCAGGAAAAGGUCACUUAAUGUUUCCAGGCCUAGAGACGUCCUAGAAUGUGAUACGUUCCAGAGAAUCUCAUGUUAUUGCUGUUGUACCCUCUCUCCACCACUAGAGGGCAGGUCCACAGUCUGAGCGACACGGGAGCAGGUUCCACCUUGUAUAUUGGGGGUGUAUGGCACAGCUCACUGUUUGGGGGAGGAGGUGGGCCGGAGGAACCUUUUAGUCAAUUCUUGGGGGCAGGGACCUUGACAGCAUGGGUAAGAUUAAGGGUACUUUCACACUUGCGGCAGGACGGAUCCGACAGGCUGUUCACCAUGUCGGAUCCAUCUUGAAAGGCCACUGGACUAAAAUUACUGCAUGUCAGGCUUUUUAGUCCGGCGG